AUUUCAUACAAUGCUCCUACGCCUUUUCUUUUCUUCCAACAUGUUUCUUCUUGUUCUCCUUUAAAAGUUUCUUAACGACUAGCUCCUCCAUGCCAUCCAUCUUCUAAUAGUUGAAGCACUUCUCAUCUUCUCUAUGGAAGAGGAGCCUCAAUUUUUUGCCCAUGCCGUCCCAGAGACCGGCCGCCUUCUCCCUUCUGCGAGCCGUUGGAACUCCAUUGAGAUAGACUUCGGCCUGGUUCCGCCAUCAUCCAACGAACAUGAAGACGUCCCUUCCAAAUACUCAAAGUCCUACGACUUUGAUCUCAGAAUUGCCAAUAAAACCCAGUUCAAGCGCUUCAUCUAUAUCUCCAUCUUUCUAAUUCUCGCUGCCGCUGCAGCAGCUCUAUUAGCAUCAUUCCUACCUCACAAGCGUCAUCACCUCGGCACUUCUAGCAAUCUACCACUAGCUCUUGACCAUGCUCUCCUGUUCUUUGAUGCCCAAAAAUCCGGUGCUCUUCCAGAGAACAACCCAGUGAAGUUUCGGGGUGAUUCAGGUCUGCAAGACGGCAUUCGGAAACAGAUAAAUGCUAGUCUUGUGGGAGGAUUCUACGAUUCUGGCAACAAUAUCAAGUUCAGCUUCCCCACAGCUUAUACCAUCACGCUGUUAAGCUGGACCGUGAUCGAAUAUCAUCAGAAGUACGCAGAGAUUGGUCAGCUCGAUCAUAUCAAGGACAUCAUCAAGUGGGGCAGUGAAUAUUUGCUCAAGCUCUAUAUUCCAUCCGGUUCGACAUCUAAACAGGCCUUGUUGUUCUCGCAGGUUGGAAGUUCAAAUAAUGAUACUACAUCAGACAACGAUAUCACAUGUUGGCAAAGGCCUGAAGACAUGAACUAUGGGAGGCCUGUAUCCAUUUGUGGAAGCUCUGCCUCAGAUCUUGCAGGAGAAAUGAUAGCAGCAAUGGCAGCUGCAUCAUUAGUUUUCGAAGAAGAUGAGGCCUACUCAAGAAGUCUGAUUCUAGCCUCAGAAAGUCUGUUUGAGUUAGCUACCAAGAAUAAAAACAAGGCGACCUAUACUGCGAACAGAGAAUGCGGGGGAGAGGCAAGAAGUUUCUACAACUCCACAAGCUACAUGGAUGAACUGGUAUGGGGAGGAACGUGGCUGUUCUUCGCUACGGGGAAGUUCACCUAUCUAAAGUUUGCAACCGAUAACUUCGAGUCCGCAGUGCUUGAAGAAUUACCAUCCGACAGGGGGCUUUUCUAUUGGAACAACAAGAUCGCAGCCACAGCAGUCUUGCUGGCGAGGUUAAGAUAUCUCCAUGAUCCUGGUUAUCCGUAUGAAGAGACACUGAAGAACUGCUCAGCCAUGGCUAACAAGCUUGCGUGUUCCUAUCUCCAUUUAUCUGCUACUUUCAGAGCGACCCCAGGUGGGAUGCCCCUACCAAGGCCUAACGGUAGUGCGCCACUCCAGUAUGCAACAACUGCUGCUUUCUUGAGUAAGAUCUACAGUGACUAUCUUAACAUCAUUCAAAUCCCUGGUGGAAGUUGCAGCACCUUCUCCUUUUCACUGGACAUGCUGCAGGACUUCUCUAGGUUAGAGGUGAACUAUAUACUGGGGGACAACCCUCUGAAGAUGAGUUACUUGGUAGGCUUCGGAGACAAUUUUCCGAAAAAAGUUCACCACAGAGCCGCAUCAAUCGCUUGGGAUGGAAGGAAUUAUACCUGUGCAGAAGGCAAGAAAUGGCAGGAAGCAAAGGAGCCCAAUCCAAAUGUUCUACUGGGUGCCAUGGUGGCUGGUCCAGACAAAGAUGGCAGGUUCUUGGAUGACAGGGAUCGUCCUGAAUUCACAGAGCCUACAAUAUCAGGCAACGCUGGUCUAGUGGCAGCACUCAUUGCACUUAUAGAUCAUCCCACCAAUUUGGGAAUCGACCAAGAAAGGAUCUUUACAAAAAUUUCCUAGUUCCUUGUAUUGAUUUCAGUUCCUGGUGAUUCUCGAGUAACCAUAAUGUGUGCUUAGACUCAGAAACACUUGGAAAAUCCCAUAUAAACCUCACUCUAAUUGUAUCAUUUUUCUUUUUUAUUUUUCUAGAAUAAUGGAGACAAGAGUUUCCUCCCACCAGCUAUCAGUGACUGUAUCAUACAUCAACAAAAUCCAAAUCCUGUUGGUUCUUCUGACUUCACCGAGCCAAUUUAGCAAUCAUUUUAUCAUUUGAGUUUGUUACAACUGCAAUCAAAGAAUAUAAUGAAUUCCA